AUGAAAAAGAAUGGGUUUGGGAGAUAUCGAGGCAAGUCUGCCGAGGAUGGAGCCAGCGGAAGCAAUGACCCACCGUCUCAGGGCAGGGUAGCUCUUGCUACUCAGUCCAUACUACGACCCAGGGCCCGAAUCCAGGAUAUCGUACCUUGCUGUGUAAACCAGCUGCUCACCUCCACUCUGGUUGAUGAUGUCUUCAAGAUUAGGGGAAUCGAGGUUUCCCAGGUCUCCAUCGUGGGAAUAAUCAGGCAGGCAGAGAACGCUGCAAAUUAUUUUCUUUACAAGAUUGAUGAUAUGACCACCAAGCCUAUCGAGGUCCAUCAGUGGGUCGGCAAAGGUAAAGCAAAGCAGAAGAUCACUCUGCUUCCAGUGGGAGUAUAUGUCAAAGUGUUCGGUAUCCUCAAAUGUUCAGCGGAGGUGAAGAGCCUUGAGGUGUUGAAAAUCCGUGUCCUGGAGGACAUGAACGAGUUCACCACACAUAUUCUAGAAACAGUCAACGCACACAUGAUGCUGGAAAAAGCCCGCCAAGCGGCCUCUGGGCAGAGUCUCCCUGUUGCUCCAUUAGAAAUGGAUGAGGCUCAGAUGCCCGAGUACCACCCUGACUUCGUCCAGAAGGAGGUGUUGCGUUUAAUUUGCGAGUGUCCUCAACAGGAAGGCAAGAGCGUUCAUGAGCUCCAGAACGAGCUUCGCAACCUGAGCAUCGGGACCAUCAAGCAAGCCAUUGAUUAUCUGACCACCGAGGGCCACAUCUACCCCACUGUGGAUGCGGAGCAUUUUAAAUCUGCUGAAUAAAGCAGCGAAUUUUUUUUUCAUUUUCCAAAGACCCUGCCUCCAGUUGUGACUGAGUUUGACUAUUUGACUUUUAGGAAGUAGAUUUUUUUAAACAGAAGAUUGGAACUGGCAUCCUGUGGAACCUCACUGCUUUUCCAACUGCUUUGAACUUUUCUGUUUUUCUUACUGUAUUUGAAGCUCAGAGGGAGAUAGCAAUGGAUAAAUUGACUGGCCAUUUCGUAGAAUUUACCGGUGAGCAAAUGAAAACACUCUUGGACGGAUGAGUUUGGGGGAGAAAAGGUACAGAAAAAGUUGAAAAUUAUUUAGUUGUGUGGGAGCUUCUUUUUCUGAAAUAUCUAUGUGCUAGGAGAAAGUAGAUGCAGUCAAGGAGCCAGUUAAAAGACAAUAAAAUUCUGUUGUUUUUACUUUAGACUUAUUUUCUGUGUUUGGAUUUAGCAUAUUAUAGUCAUAUUGUCAUCUCUUGCUAAAUAUACUGAUUGAUAAAUUCAGAGUGCUAAAGAUAGCAGUUUAUGAAUUCGGGCACUCAGUUCAAAUGUUCAUUUAGUGCUUUUCUCUUAUUACCAUAGGUUUCUGUUUUUUAGAAGAUAUGAUUAUACUAUGUUUAAAUGGCAGGGUCAGCUUUGACUUUUUUUCUUAAAAUAUGGUUAAUGAUUAUGUCAAA